GGGAAGAGGAGGAAGUCGCUACGCUUUUAACACCCCCAGCUCCCUCCUCCUUCCUAAGGGAAAGUGGAGGAACGGAAGUGGGCGUGGACGGAGACGAAAGGGCGUCACGUGUUUGGGCGGGAGAGGGGCGGGGUGGGAGAGGUGGUGCGUGCGCGGGGCAUGCUGGGAGUGGUUGUGUACCGUCGCCAACAGCAGGUGAAGCCUAGCAGAGGACGCGUCCAGCCGAUCCGGUGAAGCAAUUCCUGCAGGCGUUGGUACCCCCCUUUGCCCUGGAUUUGAAUUUGUUGAAAUGAGCAGUCGUAAAUCAAAGAGUAACAGCUUAAUUCACGCAGAGUGCCUUUCACAGGUACAAAGAAUUUUACGUGAAAGAUUUUGUCAUCAGAGUCCACAUAGUAACCUAUUUGGAGUGCAAGUACAAUACAAACACUUAAGUGAGCUGCUAAAAAGGACCGCUCUCCAUGGAGAGAGUAACUCUGUCCUCAUUAUCGGACCCCGAGGAUCAGGAAAAACUAUGUUAAUAAAUCAUGCUUUGAAAGAACUCAUGGAAAUAGAAGAAGUGAGUGAAAAUGUAUUACAAGUUCACUUAAAUGGACUGCUGCAGAUCAAUGACAAAAUCGCCCUAAAGGAAAUCACGAGGCAGUUAAAUCUGGAAAAUGUAGUUGGAGAUAAAGUUUUUGGAAGCUUUGCUGAAAACCUUUCAUUUCUUCUGGAAGCUUUAAAAAAAGGUGACCGAACUAGCAGUUGCCCAGUGAUCUUCAUAUUAGAUGAAUUUGAUCUUUUUGCUCAUCAUAAAAACCAAACACUUCUCUAUAAUCUUUUUGACAUUUCUCAGUCUGCCCAGACCCCAAUAGCAGUUAUUGGCCUUACAUGUAGAUUGGAUAUUUUGGAACUCUUAGAAAAAAGAGUGAAGUCAAGAUUUUCUCACCGGCAGAUACACUUAAUGAAUUCAUUUGGUUUUCCACAGUAUGUUAAAAUAUUUAAAGAACAGUUAUCUCUACCUGCAGAAUUUCCAGACAAGCUUUUUGCUGAGAAGUGGAAUGAAAAUGUUCAGUAUCUCUCAGAAGAUAGAAGUGUGCAAGAAGUACUACAGAAGCAUUUCAGUAUCAGCAAAAACCUGCGGUCAUUACACAUGCUAUUGAUGCUUACUUUAAAUCGAGUAACAGCAUCACACCCAUUUAUGACUGCCAUAGAUCUAAUGGAAGCAAGUCAACUGUGUAGCAUGGACUCAAAAGCAAAUAUUGUACAUGGUCUAUCAGUCUUGGAAAUCUGUCUUAUAAUAGCAAUGAAACAUUUAAAUGACAUCUAUGAGGAAGAGCCAUUUAAUUUUCAAAUGGUCUAUAAUGAGUUUCAGAAGUUUGUUCAAAGGAAAGCACAUUCUGUUUAUAAUUUUGAAAAACCUGUUGUCAUGAAGGCUUUUGAACACUUGCAACAAUUAGAAUUAAUAAAGCCCAUGGAAAGAACUUCAGGAAAUUCACAGAGAGAGUACCAGCUGAUGAAACUGCUUUUGGAUAAUACUCAAAUUAUGAAUGCUCUGCAGAAAUAUCCCAACUGUCCUACAGAUGUGAGGCAGUGGGCAACAUCCUCACUGAGCUGGUUAUGAAUAUAAUCAGUGACUUCAACUUUGGCAUUUCAUUCAUACUUCUGUAGAGAACGAAAAACUAUUGUCCUUUAACAUGAUAAUACUAAACAUUCUAUAAAUAUUUUUGUAUUUAUGUGAGACUUGCAUGUCUACUGUCUUGGCUGUGUCUUGCCUUUUAAUCAUGAACAGUUACAUGAUUUAUAACUUCAGUAAUUGAGAUUACUUUGUAAGUAGCAGUUCAGAAGAAUAAAAUAUGACUGUUUUAGGGACUA